UUCACUAUGUAUGGUUGUGCAAUUUGUUGCUGUUGUUUCAGAAAUGGUUUUAAAAAAAUACUGCGCCAAAGGCUCUGUAAGAACAAGCGCUAGAUAUUAUUUCAAAUACUCUGGUAAACAGCUCCCUCUACAGUUGUGAAUUGCAAAUACAGCAGUGAUUAUAGUAAAUACGACUUGGGGAGCGGUGAACUUAAAUCUGUUAACCCCAAAAUACACGGUCAGAAAUACUCGGAGUCAAUUCAUUAUUUGCCACUGUGUUUUCUGUGUUUAAAUGUAAUGAAAUCUGAAAAUGCACAUUGUAUCUUAUCUUACCAAGCAAAGAUGAAAGACGCUCACGACAUGACAAAAACCACGUUAACAGGUGUGCUGGCUGGUGCACUAAUAUUAUAUAGUAUGAAAGAAUGUUGCCAUGACAAUAACAGAGUUAAUUCUACUCACUUUAACACAAACCAGCAUACCACAAAUUUGACAGUUUUACUCCUAAUACUGUAGUAACCAUAUUUAUCGUAUUGUACUUUUUAAUUACUAACCAUUUUAAUAAUAAUAAAUAUGAACAAUAAGUGCUACUUUACCAUAGCAUAACCGACAUGGAAUUCAGGAUGUUGCCCUCAAGUGGUAAAUUAGUUAUCUCAAUAAUAGAGAGCAGUUUGCUUAUGCCAAUCAUAAUUCAUCCAAGAAAUCUUGUAUUAUUUCUGUGGUGAUCAAUCUUUGGCUAUUUAUUAUUUUUUAACCUGCAUAAUUGACUUGCAACAAUCUUCUACCCUCAUUACUUGGUGAUGAAACGAGUCUCCUCAAUAUUAGUGAUGAUUUAAAUCUCUUCUAUAAUGUGCAGACCGCAAAUUAUUAACUGUCUUUAAUUGAUAUCAGAUUAAAAACUCAGAUCUUUAUUAGAAAAAUGUAACAGGUGCAUAUGAUAUAUUGUGGCACCAAUGUCACAACUAAAAGAUGCCAAAGUAUUAACUAUUAGAGCUAAAAUUGCUAAAGUAUCUCCUACUAAAUUUUGGGGGGUUAUUUUAAAUGAAAAUCUGAAUUUGAAUAAUUAUGUUAAUAUGUCCCCUGCACGGUGUGGCAGCUGGUUGCAGCAUAAGCCACAGAGUUAUGAGGACCGGGGGUUCAAAUCCGAGCCCCACCUGUGUGUAGUUGGCAUGUUCUCCCGUGCUUGUGUGGGUUUACCGGUUUCCUCCCAGAUCCUAAAAACAAGCAUUGAUUGGACUCAAUGGCCAAUUGUCCAUAGGUGUGAUUGUGAGUGUGGAUGGUUUUUUUUUUGUCUUUCUCCAUGUGCCCUGCAAUUGGCUGGAAACCAGUUAAGGGUCUACCCUGCCUCGUGCCCAAAGACAGCUGAGAGGGACUCCAGCACUCCUGUGACCCUUAUGUGGAUGAGCGGCUCAGAAAAUGGAUGGUUGGUCUACCCACACCUGCUCAGCACCUCUCACCUAGGGAAACUCUGGAGUGGUAGAAAGUCCAACUCCUCUCAAGAGGACUGGUACCAGAACCCAAGCUGUUUGUGGAAGUGAGCUUGACGACAGAAUUUGUGGGACUUAUCGACCUCACAAACCAGCUUCAAAAAGAACGAUUCAAUCAUAAGAGAGGGUACUCGACCUUUUUCUGACUGAGAACCAGGGUCUCAGAUUUAGACUUCUCGACCUCACACACAAGCUCGGGACGUUCCGCAUUCCUGAGACAAGCUACCUCGCUGGGGAUCGGAUCACCAAGACUAGACUUCUGGCAACAACAACGCUUCUGGCAUUUGGUUGACGUCACACCCGCUGAAUCGGGCUUUCUGAUCAGACUUCUGGCAACAACCGGUGACGGCACAAACGGUAACGUCAUCAGCGACUUAAACACUUCCCUGAACGACAGAUGAUGUCACAUUCGGUGACUUCUGGUUUCCAAUAAACUUCCAGCAACAAUACUUCCGAUCUCCAGGGACGUCACGGCUGGUGAUGUCACUUUCGCCCAUCCAUCAUUUUGAUCAUUAUUCCCCUUUUUUGGCAUUCCUCUUUGGGACUCGAUUCACUUGAUGAAAAAGUAAAAAACUUUUGUGCUUAGUAAAAGCAAAACAAUUUAAAAAACAUUUUCUGUUUACUACAUUUUUUUUUUAAUGUGGUUGAGGUCAAGUCAAGGCACAAAAUAUUUUAUUAGAAUAUACAAAGACCACAGAACAAACACUCGCCUCAAUAAAUACGUAACGGCAAAAUCCAUAAAUAUUGACAUUUUGUAUUAUGUGUUUUGGGUAUUUACCGGUAAUUUGAAUUUAGCACAUUUCCAACGACUAUCUUUUCUGGUAUCGUCAUCAUCAUUUUUUUACUUUGUUGAUUAGCUAUGAGAGAUCUCAUAUUUCUACCGCCCUCCAAUAACACUUCUAUUUAAGUUCCUCGCCUUGUUACUAUUGACGCCUGUGAAUGAUAGCGGUACUGUACAAAUGGAGCUUAUACAAUUGAAGACUGAUGGGGCCGAAGCAGAACCUGCAUCUGAAUGCCAACAGAGAGAGCAGUGGUCCAGUAAAAUUGAAUACAUCUUUGCUAUGGCAGGAAAUAUUAUUGGCCUGGGAAAUGUCUGGAGAUUCCCCUACCUUUGCUACAAAAAUGGAGGAGGAGUCUUCCUCAUACCAUAUUUAUUAUUCUUCUGUACCUGCGGUGUGCCUCUCUUCUUCCUGGAGACAUCACUGGGCCAGUACACCAGGCAAGGUGGAAUAACAUGUUGGAGAAAAGUCUGUCCUCUUUUUAUGGGCUUAGGAUAUGGCAGCCAGGUGGUUGUUUUAUACACGGUGAUACAUUACAUCGUCAUCCAGGCUUGGGCCUUUCUCAACUUGUUCUUAUCAUUCUCAUCUGAGCUCCCCUGGACCAACUGCCUCAACAGCUGGAACACAGACAAGUGUUUCGACGACAACCCCAACCAAACAAUAGAAGAGAUAAGAAAUGGCACAUCUUCAGUUGAAGAGUAUUGGGAGAGGAGGAUUUUAGGACUAACAAGUGGACUUGAAGACGUAGGAAACAUUCGUCGGGACUUGGCCCUUUGUCUUCUUCUUGCCUGGAUAUUGUGUGUCUUCUGUAUUUGGAAUGGUGUAAAGUCAACAGGGAAGGUUGCCUUCUUCACCGCCUCAUUUCCAUAUGUCAUGUUGCUGGUACUGCUUGUUCGUGGUCUGACGUUACCGGGAGCGAAAGAAGGAAUAAAGUUCUACCUCUACCCAGACGCAUCCCGGCUCACAGAUCCAAUGGUUUGGCUGGAGGCUAGUGGCCAGAUCCUCUACUCUUUUGUAGUCUCCGUAGGGAUUCUGACAUCUUUAAGCAGCUACAACAAGUACACUAACAACUGCUACAGGGAUAGUAUUGCACUAUGCCUGCUGAAUGUUUCGACCAGCUUUGUGGCCGGCUUUGCCAUCUUUUCAGUGCUUGGGUUUAUGGCCAAGGAGCAAAGCGUGGACAUUUCCACGGUGGCUAAAUCAGGUCCGAGUCUGGCUUUCAUCGCUUACCCUCGUGCUGUGGCUCUGAUGCCCCUGCCUCAACUUUGGGCCAUUUGCUUCUUCACCAUGAUCAUCUUUUUAGGAUUUGAUAGCCAGUUUGUUUAUCUAGAGGGGCUGGUCAUCAACAUUGUUGACGCGUUCCCUUCCAUUUUUGGAAAUAAAUGUCGACGUAAGCUCCUUGUUCUUGCUGUUAGUGUUGUGAGCUUCUGUGCAGGCCUUCUAAUGGUUACAGAGGGAGGCUUCUAUGUUUUCCAACUGUUUGACCAUUACUCCUGCUCUGGGAUGACUGUUCUUUUUUUUGCCAUUCUCGAAUCUGUCUGCAUUGGCUGGGUUUAUGGGGCAGAUCAACUGUAUGAAAACAUAAAGGACAUGAUUGGCUAUCAGCCGUGGCCUUUUAUCAAAUACUGUUGGAAGUACCUGACACCAGCUUCCUGCACUUGCAUUUUGGUAUUUACCUUUGUCAAAUACACACCACUCAAACUCAACAACACAUAUGAAUACCCGUGGUGGGGAUACACAAUUGGAGGAGUGCUCGGUCUGUCGUCACCGCUCAUUGUGCUGUUGAGGAUGCUCUAUGAUGUCAGUGUCACUCCUGGGACUCUAAAAGAGAGGCUGAAAUUUCUCUGCACACCAGCAAAAGACCUUCCUUGUGCCAAAGCAAGGAAAUCCUUGAAUGAAGUGGAGUUUCAGAGAUUUACACACACAGAAUGACUGAGAUCAUCUUAUUGGAGACAGAGCCUAGAGAUGAUACCAAACAUUAAAAAAAAAAAUCAACAUGGCUCUCCAGUUCUGACUACUUUUUGAACAGGAAGUGUCCAGUAAACCAAAGCAGAAGAAAAAAAAAAGAACCAAUGAACCUUUAAUUAAAUUUAUCCAUUUUACAGAUAAUUAUCAAUUAUCUUGUUAAGGGUUGACGUGAUGCACAA